AUGCCGCCGCGGGAGGAAUCAUCUCGUCUUACACCGGGGGGCUAUCGUGGGCUCGGUCCUCGCCCCAUUCGUUUCCGACUACUAUGGCCGCCGAAUGGUCAUCUUCCUCGGUGGACUGCUUGCGAGUUUUGGGGCUGCCCUCCAGGGGGUGCAGUCACCAUUGCGAUGCUGAUCGCUGGUCGAUUCAUUGCGGGGAUUGCCAUUGGGCAAAUGUCAGCUACUAUUCCUGUAUACUGCAGCGAGGUUGCCCCGCCUCAGAUUCGUGGCCUAUUAGCCAGUAUGCAGCAAUGGAUGAUCGGUCUGGGCAUUAUGGUUGCCCAAUGGGUCGGAUACGGAUGCUCCCUCCGCGGCGGAGUCUUCUCUUGGCGCUUCCCGCUCGCCUUCCAAGUAGUCCCAGCCUUCAUCCUAACCUGCGGCAUCUGGUUCCUCCCCGAAUCCCCACGAUGGCUCAUUGAAAAAGGCCGAGAAGGCGAAGGCCGCUCAGUCCUCGCCAAACUCCACCUAAACCGCAGCGCAACAAACAAUCAACUCCUCGAACAUGAACUCUCCCAAAUCCACGACAGCCUCCUCCAAGAGCACCAAAAGCCGUCCGAUCCUGGCGCCAGCUCCUCACCUCCCCCACUGGCGCCGCCGCAUCCUCCUCGCCUGCGGCCUACAAGCAUUCACGCAAUGCUCCGGCACAAACCGCUGUUCUGGAACACGGUGUUCAUGACCUUCAUCGACAAAGUAGGACGUCGCAAACUCCUUAUUCCCUCUUUGUUUGGUAUGGGCGCGGUCAUGUGUGUCGAAGCCACGCUCGUGCGGUAUAUUGACUUUAGCGACCCAAAGGCGAAUCCGGAUGCGCUGCGCGCUGCCAUCGCCAUGUUCUUUGCGUUCUCAUUGUUUUUUACUGCGCUGGGUAUGAUUUCUUGGAUUUACCAAUCCGAAAUCUUCCCGACGCCUAUUCGGGCGCGUGGUUCGUCUCUGGCUACGGCGACGAAUUGGAGUCUUAACCUUAUCUUUGCGCAGUGCUCGCCUAUUGCAUUGACGGAUAUUGGAUAUAGGUAUUUCUAUUGCUUCGUUGGGUUUAACUGGGCGGCUAUGGUUGUUGUCUGGGCCUUUUAUCCAGAGACCGCGGGUCGUUCUCUCGAGGAGGUCGAGGAUGUUUUCUCUGGGAAGUCAGUGGUUGAGUUGUCGGAUCAGGGUACUGGUGACGAGUCUACUGUUGUGGCUACGGCGCCGCGCUCACAGAUUCGACAUAAGGGGUUACAUCCGCUGUCCAUGCAUCCCACCGACGAUAUUGUCAGUAUUAUUGAAACUAGUCUUAGCGGGUCUGAGAAGGGGAUUGAAGUGAAAGAGGUCUAG